UUCAAACAUACCCAAUCAAGGAUUGGAGGCGAUAAAGUUCUUUCCGCUUUUUUAUCAAAACAAUCCGCAGAAGAAUUCAAAGUAGGGAAUAAAAUGGACACUAACAUUUUAAUAUUUUCAACAAUUGGUUGUUUGAAACUAUUCGAAGUGGCCAGUAGCAAUCGAAAUACUUUUUGGAUUUCGGCAACGAACGACAUAUGGUAUGUAGAUUUGGGGGCUAAACUUCCAAUUAGAAGUGAACUGAACGAAUUGUCAUUACUGAUGGAAGCCCUUUGAAAACACUUUGUUUUGAAGCCUACAUGAUCCAUUCAUUUGUAAAUGAUGGCAUAAGAAUACUUAGUGCAUCGUUAUAAUCAAGAGCAGAAAAAGGCCGGCUGGAUUUUAAAGUCGAUUCGGUGAUGAAGGGAUUGAAUCGAUAAACGCGCGCGCCGGUUGAUUAAUACUCGAAAGCCUUGUGUUUUUUGGCUGUGUGGAAUAUCUAGCUGAUCUUUUAAUUGAUUAGCAUCCCUGUCAACGUUUGUAUUCAAGCCAAGGAGUUGCAUUAGAUACGAAUGGUCAAUGUUCUUUGUGACAUACUGCUUUAACUACUGUAAAUUAUUCAUUCUUCGGUAAUCUUAAUAAAAAACGGAGCAGUCGCUAAUAAGAAUGUAACCAUUUGUAGUAUACGGCUUUGUGGAUGGAAUUCUACUGAAAGAGCAUCGGACUUCACCGCGCGAAAACCAACUACUGUGCGAAAAUACACCGAUCUUAUGCUAUGAUUUUCUGAUCUAAAGGCCAAAGAGAUGCCAGACCAUGAACUAUAGUCCGUCAUUCAGCUAUCAUGACGAAAAGACAACUCCACAAAGAGAAAGAGUUCGAAUUAAUGUUAGUGGUGAAAUGUUUGAAACGUUCGAGGAUACGCUAGCUCGGUAUCCAUCAACUCUUCUUGGAUCCAAAACGAAAAGAAGUCAAUAUUUCAAUUCAAAACGAAGUGAAUACUGCUUCAACAGAGACAGGGCAGUUUUUAAUUCAAUACUAUUUUACUAUCAAUCGCCAGGAAUUCUCUCAAAGCCGGAGACUGUUUCCUACGAGAUAUUCUUCAAGGAAACGGCAUUCUUUGAACUCGAAACUGACUGUAUGGGAAAAACAGAUCCGACUGCAAAGUGGCACUACACCAGUCAACGUAGAAAGAGGACUUUAAGAGGAAGAAUAUGGCAAUCUCUGGAGAAUCCUCGCUCGUCUGCGGAGCGCUUGGUGAACAAACUAUCGGGGUUAAUAACUUUAUUAUCACUGGCUGCUUUAUGCUGGGAUACAAUUCCUGAAGUUCGCAAAGUAAAUCCUCAUCAAAACAAUAACACCGUGGUGCACAUGGGUAAUUUCAAUGACAAUGCUAAACCGUUUUAUAAUGGUCAUCAAUUCUGGUUCCUCACAGAAUCAAUAUUCUCWGGAUGGUUUACUAUUGAAUAUUUCGCGCGUUUAGCUACGGCGCCAAAGACCAUACCAUUUUUGACGUCGUUUUCGGCCGUAGUAGACCUGUUAUCUAUUCUGCCCUUCUACGUUACUCUCGCGUUACGKUUUAGUACUCAAAACACUGGUUAUAUUCCUCUUUUACGAGUGUCUCGUCUUGUUAGAAUACUUAAACUGAAGCGAUAUAGUACAAGCGUGCGAUUGCUUUUCGAAACUAUAGGUGACAGCUACCAGGAAUUACAAGUCUUUUUCUUGUGUUUGGUUUUCAUCACGGUGAUAAUGUCGAGUGCUAUCUAUCAAAUCGAAGGCAUGGGAGAGCAUUCCCAAUUUAUAAGCAUUCCUGAUGUAUUUUGGUAUUCAUUCGUCACACUUUCGAGCGUUGGUUACGGAGAUUACGUUCCUCGAACCGAAUUUGGCAAGGUGAUCGGUGCAGUAUUUUGUGUCAGUGGAGUAGUUGUGAUAUUUUGCUUUUCGCCUGUUCUUUUCGCCAAAUUCCGAAGAUGCAGGUACAGAUUAUUCAAAGAACAACUUGAAUUACAGAUAUAUCGCGAUGAAUUGGAUAAGAUUUAUAACCAGAAUAUAACGGAGAAGAAACGCGAAUCGCAUGGAAUAAAGAGAAAAUGACACGAAAAAGCUGGUUCACUUACAAAACAAAAAUUACAAAUAAAGAUGUAGAAUAAAAAUAACUCAUAAUCAUAUUAGAUCUGCCGUGGUGGUCCAAUGGUGACUUUUUGUGUAUUAAAAUAAAACCUUUAUUAAUUUUUCA